GAGGAGAAACCAAAGUGAAACAAGAUGCCUCCAUAUUUGGCGUUUCCUCCUGAAGGUAUAUAAGCGGGACGACUUCCCGCCUGCACUCUGAGACGGACGGAGGCAGAGGCAUUCCGACACCAACAUGAGCUGGUUACAGUGGGCUGAAAAGGACUUUGUCCUUCCUCCUGGAGUAAUUCCACUGCUUACCCCGCAGCCGGAUGACCACCAGACCUACAUCAUGUAUCACGGCACCAGCCGAGCGUGUGCUCAGCAGAUCCUUUGUACUGGUUUCCGUCAAUCUGAAGAUGGGAUGCUUGGUCGAGGGGUCUACCUCAGCAGAGACCUGCAGAAAGCCAGUCGCUACCCUAUUAAUCACCCUGAAGAGGACAAGGUGGUCAUCAAGGUAAUGGUCAACGUGGGGAAGGUGAAAGCCAUCAAUCAGAAGAAUCACCCUAUGCAGAAGACCUGGCAUCAGAAUCAAUACGACACCGCCUGGGUGCCGCCCGGCAAUCGGAUGGUGCCGAGCGGCCUGGAGGAGAACUGCGUCUGGGAUCCCCGUAGAAUCAGGAUCAUUGAUGUCCUUCCUCCUGGAGUAAUUCGACUGCUUACCCUGCAGCCGAAUGACCACCGGACCUACAUCAUGUAUCACGGCACCACCCGGGCACGUGCUCAGCAGAUCCUUAGGACAGGUUUCCAUCAAUCUAAAGAUGGGAUGCUUGGUCCUGGGGUCUACCUCAGCAGAGACCUGCAGAAAGCCAGUCACUAUCCUAUUGAUCAUCCUGAAGAGGACAGGGUGGUCAUCGUGGUAAAGGUGAACGUGGGGAAGGUGAAAGCCAUCAAUUACCAGACUCACCCUCUGCAGAAGACCUGGCAUUAUCACGGAUUUGACACCGCCUGGGUGCCGCCCAACUGUGGGAUGGUGCAGAGCGGCCUGGAGGAGAACUGCGUCUGGGAUCCCCGUCGAAUCGAGAUCAUCCGGCUGAUCAAACCCAAAGCUGUCCCAGCCCACCCUGGUUAUUCACAUGGUUACAUGUAAAAACAAGCAAGAAGUGCUUCAUUUGGUACAAUCAAAUGUUUUUUUUAUAUAUAUUUGGAUAGAAAACAUUUUGUAUUCUGUCAUUUUGACCUGAAAAAUAAAAGUUUAAA